ACGUCGUUAGCCAUCGAGAAGACAACGACGACGUUCACGUUUCGAUCGAGCGAAACCGCGAGGUACUCUAGAUCGACGAUCCACGCGUCCUUGUGAGUGUUGUUUCUUUACGCGAUACGGUUGUUGCCCCGCGACAAAACCCACUCGAAGAUGGGCAAAAUUUCUAUUCAGAUGCGACCUCCGAGUUACGAAUAAAGGAUAAAGUUUAUUCGUUGUUAGUCGAAUAAAACGUAUAAUCCGUUUAAUCGUUGGCUCGGAUAACGUGUCUUAGGUUCGCUUUACUCGCUGUCCAUUAUUUUGCUCGUCUCCGGAGCCAGCGAAACGAACUCAGGAUCACCGUGACGAUCACCGUCAGAUAAUUCAAGGAGAAGAUGACGACGCGCAUAACGAACCGCGCGAGAUCAUGGUGGUGAGGAGCGGAUCCGUCGCGCGAACUAGAGGCAAACGGCGAAGAAAGCAAGCAGCGAGUUGGCAUGAACGACGAGGGGAACAAUCCCGACGACGCUCACGGCGAUGGUUAUAGACGUGACGUGACGACCACGUUCCUGUCUGUCGACUAUUUACGUUCGUUCUCGCUCGUCAUACUUGCGAUCGCUACGAUGGUGUUGAUGACGCGCACGUCGGAUCGUCGAUGUGCCAGCCUUCAGCGCGCCUAAAGCCGUAGGAAUCAACGCUGCGAUCGUCACCACGAGAAAGCGAGUCCACAGGAAUCUGCAACGACGCGGAGAACCAGGGUAGCCCGCGACCAUCGUCUUGCAAUGAACAGGCUGCACCUGCCAAGGCGCAUAAUGUGUCUCGCGUGACACGCGCCGUUUCUCGGUACAUUACUCGUCGGGGCUCUUUGGCUUGAUACACGCCCCCGCUUCCAUUCUACCCAGGGUAUAAUCCUUACGACGAGGACACGCGUACCAGGGAGGCACGAUAGUAAUGACGGUGAUGCUGCUGCAACGUUCAGUCACCCCGCAGUCGACGCACAACCAAAAGACAGCGAACAAGGACUGCAGCGCGAAACAGUCAUUUUUAUUCCUGCUGGACGACCGUCCAGAGCAUCGACACUCGACGGACACGACUACCACGAUUACUACCAACAACAACAACAAUAACAAUAACAACGUCAACAACAACAACAACAUCAUCAUCAACAACAACAACAACAACAUCAACAUCAACAAUAUCAACAACAACGUUCUCAAAAGAGACAGCAGUCUCUCGUACGUUGCCGAGGAGUCGGUGGCGUCGGUGACGUCCCAAAGACGCGCCGAUUGUGGCCAGGACGUCGCAAUGCGAUAUUACCGGCUCUGGAUCUACACCUGUAACUUGGUGCUGCUCGGUAGCGCGCUCGGCUUCGCCGCUACGGUCUCGCGUACUCUUUUAUUCACCGGCGAUCCUCGUCGUUUCGUGAUGCCAGGUGUGCCUCGUGCAUUCGACCCAACAGCACUCUACGCUUAUUUGGCACUGGCCACGCAGCUGGGCUUGGUGCAGUUGCUCGGCUGCAUCGCGGCUAGGAGGCUCAGCGCCAGACUUCUCAACGCCUAUUGGGUUCUACUUCUGGCGCUUCUGUUCGGCGACGCCGUCAUCGGGGUCGCCUGGGUCUUCCGAUUCGAGAGGAUGCGCGCCGAGCUCAGGCCCAAUCUCAGACAACGACUGCAGAUAGAAUACGGUAAGGAUCUACGAUUCACCGAGCAGUGGGACCGUUUGCAAAAGGAGUUUAUGUGUUGCGGGGUGACUGGUCCCAGAGAUUUCGUAAGCCGUUGGCCUCAAACGUGCUGCGGGCCCAGCGUGAACGUCAGCGACGCGUGUCAACAACCGUUCGCGAGGGGCUGCGAGGAGUCUCUGAUGCGAUGGCUUAGGAAAACGGCAGACCUGCUGUUUGUGCUCGGUUUCUGCGUAAUCGCGUUCGCCAAGCUGUGUUUUCUGGGAAUCCUGCGGUACGAGAUACGAGAGAUGAUACAAAAGAUACGUCUGCUUCGGGAACCACCGCCACCGGCGACCACGUUAGCUCAAUCACCGUUCUCGCAGGUCAUGCCGGAAGCGACCAACAACGGGAACAUUGUUCGACGCACUACUCUGCCCAACGCUGUCGCUCCUCCCGGAAACGCGUCAUUGCUGCUUCAAACGGAGGACUGCAACACCGGAAGACACCCCCUGCUGGCAAACAAUCUGCAGGACGGUGGGGCGGACAGCGACACCAACAGCCAUUGCGCGUUGAUUCUCGAAGAAACUACGCCUACCACGGCGAACCACACCUGUGGUGCAGCUCGGGAGAAGAGCAACGGUAACAACAAUUACGAGAUGCGCGAGUUCAACAGAAGAUUGUUGCUGUCGAAUGGUGGCAGCCCGGGCACGGGGAUAACGGCAGGUGGACAAAGCAGGCGGACCUGACUAUGGAAGUGGUGGCGAAACACCUCGAACCGUUUCCUGUACAGAAGCAACCGGUUCGCCGAGAUCACCGUGUAUAAGUAAGCCAGCCCGUGCAUACGUGGCUCCGAUGCUCCAUGCGUGUAGCCGCACGGAAAACACGGAGAAAAGUUUGGAAAACGUGGUCAGAGACGAGCCGCUCCUCGGAUUCUACAUCCAACCUCUUGUACGGAAAGCUGUCGAACGGAAUUGGAUACUGGCUGUUCCGUUGAAAUGAUCUUGGAAUUAAAGAAAAUCCGACAAAAUAUAAAUACGCGUAUGCUUCGCAUAUCGAUAGCUGAUGAUUCCGAUUUUCGAACGUUACACGAAACUUUAACGUAUCUAAAUAUUCGACAAACUCUACGUUACAGGGGUCACAGACGCAACGAUUAAUCGUACGAUUAAUUAGGCCAGUGAUUCUUAAUCGUCACGCCGUUAAGCUAGCUACUCUGCGAUGUCAAUUUUUCUCAUCUUUCAUAGUUUUUCAAAUGAUAACUAUCAUUGUUAAACUCGUUGUGUUCGUAACGUAUCGAAACUACACCUAUACAUAUAGUUGCUCCUUGUCUCUUUGCGAAUCGUUAGGUCUGUAACUCUUAUCAAAGGUAAAGAAAUGCGUAUAAAGGACUAUCGAGGAAAAGUAAUUCAAAAUAAUUUCAAAUGAUUUCAAGGUUACAGCCUGAUUCAGUUGCGCGAAACAUCUUGCAUACAGAAUGAUCGCGUUACUAGCAACCAGCGUAUUUCUUAUAAACGAACCAUACGAAAGAGAAGAUGAAAAAUCGUCGCUGAUUUCGAAUAAAAAUUACAAUGGUUUAAAGAGAGGUUCUCAACAUGGUCGCUAGUGACUCCCCAAAGUGUCCAUCGUCCACUCGAUGUUCGAUCUAUUCGGGAUCGAUGAAUAUAUUUAUUUUUGUUAUAUCGAAAGAUGCAUAAAAAGUAUCGUUGAUGGACAACAAGUUCGAGGAUCUCGUUAAUUUUGUUACCUCGAUAAUUAUAAAUGUUAAUAAUAUACAUUUAUGGAAUCACUUUGUGUUUUUAGUAAAUAUAAAUUAGAAAAACAUUGUUGUUUUUUUUUUGUUGUUACGUUUAAUAAAAAAAGGUAUUGUCAAUCCCUGUUUGAUUCCUAAUCCAUUCCUAUCUGACAAGGAGUCGAUUCUUACUAAAAUCAAUUUCAAAUACUCGAGUGAUCGUAAAUUUAUCUGUACAGGUUGGUUCACCUGAAGUUACCGAUCAUACGAUACUUUCAUAUUUUGUACGCCUGGUAAUAGCGCAAGGAACCGUAUGAUAUUCAACUUUCCAUUCAAACAUAAGUUAAGUCUCUUUCGGUAUGGGAAAGAUAGAGCAAAUUGCUGUAUCUUUCACAAAACGAUGCAACUAUCGUUACUUUCAUUUUUCUUUCUUGUACCGAUUACUUCAAAGAAACACGCUGGGUAGCAAUAAAGUGAACGAUUCUGUAUAUCAUUCGUAAGUUGUAUCGAUUUAUAAAUCAACCACGAUGAAGAAAAGAGAGUCUAAGACGAGACAUUUUUAUAAUCCGGGAGCUGGAUGUGCGAGCGAGAAUACAAUAAUUAGAUCGUAAUGUAUAAACAAUUUGUUCAAUUAAGACGAUUGGAUGAGUACUAUCUUGAAAAGACAAUACAUGCGCUUGUAGAGGCGGUAGACUAGCCGAAAGCGAGUCGAGGAUACGUUAAAGGUAUUGAUUUUCGGGCACGAGUUUCCUUCGAAACCGAAGAGGGGUUCGCGUUUGAUCGCUUUUCUCGAAUCGCGACACCAUCGAUUUAGACCUUUUGCAUGGUUUCAGAAACAAAUUCGCUCGUUCCUAUAGAAAAAAAAAAAAAAAUAAAAAAAAAAUAUAUAUAUAUAUAUACAUAUAUAUAUAAAAAAAAUAAAACGAAACUAACGCGAACCAAAUUAUACCGUAGAUUCUCGAAUUUCGAUCGACAGCCAUUUAUCGAAAUCGACUACUUUUUUCUACAAAGACUAUUUCACGCGAAAUUCGUGAACCACACGCGACUCGUUUCGACUUAAAUCGCGCACACAGCUAUACGUAAAAUGGAUGGAACAAAUAUAACGAGGUACGCGAGACGCGUUCACGAGGUUUGCUAAUCUUUACAAUUUCAUUCCACUAAAAUGGUAUUUUGUUAUUUAAAUCCUGAAUUUAUAACACGACAUUAAGUUAAAAAAAAGAUAAUGCUGCACGUAGCGAACACCGUUAAACAAGUAUUUCGCUCGUUUUUUAUUCGCCUCCCGACACCUUCCAACACCUCGUUAGAUUUCUUCCACUAACGGUACAUACACGCGUACACAUACGCACACGCAUACACUCAUUCUAGAAAUCCUCGUUUUGUCGCAAACGAAACGAGCCGGAAAUUUGAAAUUCGCGUCUGAAUCGGAAUCCCAACGAGGUGAUCCCAAAAGUUGAGUCUCGUAGCAGACUGCCGAGGACCGACGACGUCGUUAAUAUUUUUCUAUUAAACUCGAUCCUUUUCCUACGGAUUGCUGUAAAACGAGUCAAGAAUUCGAUGGACGUGGUCGUUUUACUUUCCUAAGUAAAAUUCAUCGCCGAGAACGUUUAAGUGCAAAUUAACAGAGACGAUUGCGUCACGAAACUUUACGACGCAUCGCAUCCGUCGAGUAUUACUUGACAAAAUUGAACAAAGACGCAAAAAUGAUCAAAAAGACAAUGAAAAAAAGAUAAGGCAUAAAAAGAAGCCUGAUCGUAAAUGUAGAUUAAUCGAAAGCGCUUGACGAGGAAUGUAGAAUCACCGAAGAUGAAGAUAAAAAAACCAAGAUUUCGUUCUCAUUUCUUUUUAUUAGGAAAGCCAGAGAACAAGUUUGUUUAUUUCUUCGUGUGAAAUUUAAUUUCGCGACAUAAUUUCGUCGAAAUGUUUCUCGAUUAUAGUACUCUACGUGUUGUCGUAAAAUUACGUCAAGGAGAAAGAAAGAGGGAGAGAAAAUGAAUUCUAGAAUUGCUUCGAAGAUCAAUCGGACGCAACAGUCUACCGUUUCCCUCGGGUUAAAUACAAGGUACUCGGGCUUUCUUAUCGACGUGAAACAAAUUUUAGUUUUUCGUAGAAGCGAUUGAUAGCGUCCUUAUUGAUUUUUUCAAAGGAGCCAAUUUUCUCGUGUGAUCGUGUACUCGGUAGUGUUGGGCAAAAUGUAAUCCACGAUUAUCAUUAUCGAAUCAGGAAAGAUGAGCAAAAUUCUUAUCCGGACAAAGAAAAUUGUUCCACCAUACCAUUCAACGUUUUCUCUGCCAGUGUUUUUCGUACAUUACAUUUCACGAAUCAAGAGAAACGACCCGUCUCAAUUCCGUGACGUACCCUGUACAGUCGAACUUCUGCUGUAUUUUUAGAAUCGGUGAUGCGAUUGACAGACACUUCGUUAGCGUCUACAUAGAUGGAACGGUAGAUAAUCUGAUUACGCAGGUAAACGACAAACAAGUUUUCUAUUAGCGCGAACCAAGUCUACGAAGCAUUUAUAUCGCAAACAUAGAAAAUGUUAGAAUCUCGCGUCCCAGGAUUUGAGCAUCGUAAUAAGGAAGACUGCAGCGACAAACAAGUUAGAUGGUAAAACAAGACCAAGCAUACUUAAACGUAUUGAUACCGCGACGGAUUAUACAUAACGAAUGACCAAAUCAAAAUAUUUACAGUACUAAGUGUAUAUUCGUUUCUUCUUUUUUUUUUCUUUUUCUUUUUCUUUUUCUUUUUCUUUUUUAUAGACCCACAGAACCGAAGCUUUUUAACGUUUUUAGUUUUCGUUAGUCUACUUAGAUCUACGACACUCGUGAAACGUAAAAAUUUUCAUCGAAUAGACAAGUAUAUUAUUCGAAUCUAUGUUGAAGUGAAAUAAGACGAAAAGGAAUUUCAACCUGUUCAAGAUCUGAAAUUGGCCAUACAGUUUGAGAUGUUCGAAUCGUACGUUUCUUCUGUGAGAUCAGCGCAAGUGCAAAGUCUGCACAGCGACAAGAUCCAAUGUGUUGACAGAGUAUAUGUACAUGUAUUUUACUUUACGUGACAUGUAAAGGCCACGGCGAAACGAGAAUCAACGUAAACGAAAUAAAAGGAUGAAAACGAACCGAGAAAACAAUAUAUCUAAAAAAAUGAUAAUUACAAAACAAAACAAAACAAAAAAAUAGAAUGAAAAGAAACGAAAGGCACCAGACAUGCCUUCGUGGUCUUUCAAAAUUCUCUUUCUACGCGUAUUCUUUACACGUCUUUCCGUCCUCGCACGGUCAGCGAAAUUAAUUACUUUUGUAGAUUUGUUUUCGAGCCGUAAGUUUCCUACGCUCUCUCUUAAAUCAAGUCGAACCGAGGAUAUUUUGAGCAUGAAAUCGUUGUAUACCGAUUUUUACGUAAAUCGCGAGUAAUAUGUCACAAUAUAUACAACGUAACUAUCGUUGCGACACGAACCGCUGGUAUGUACAGUUAGUAAUAGAACAAAAAUAGCGUUCCAUUUUUUGUUCAGAAUUUCAACGAAAACAAGAAUCGGGCAAAAGUUAAGCUGUUAUUUAUACGUGAGCGAUGGUAGCUACCAGGUUGUAGUAAAUAAUACCAGGGGAUAUAUCAAAGGUUAAUCGCUUAUCGUCAUGCGAACGUUUUCUUCUUCUUCUUCCAUUCGCGUUUGCAUAUUUAUGUAGUUUUUAUGAAUAAGAAGAUGACGGGCAAAAUGUUACUGGAGUACAAGAUGAAGAAACAACGUGGCCCAAUUAUUAGAUUAUUUCAAUUAUUAGAGACAUUUAUUAACGGAGACUUGUUUAUCUUUUGUUUGUUCUUUGAGAUUUUGAUCCAACUAAGAAUUUUGCUAAUUUCUGCGCGAUAGUUACGACGAAAUAUUGUGGUAUACUAUUGUCACGCUAAUUCUGCCCGCAGAACAGGACUAUAAAAAAUAAAACGCAUCUGUUUUUCGACGAGCUAUAUACACGAGAAUUUAACGCGAAAACGAAGAGCUAUUGGAAAUAGUAAAUGUAACUCGACAAAUAUAAGUAACAACUAUAAGGUUGUUUCCUGAAUAGUUCUUUUUAUAUAAACGGAAUACAUGCAGCGCGAGUAGUCUGCAUUGAUUUGUGCUGUAAAGUCGUAUAAAUAUCAAUACGACACUCAACGUACUUGGCUUCCUAGCUAGGAUUAAUCGAAAUCUAUAAGAUUAUACGUUUACGAGCGCAAAGAUAAUGGACACACUCUAUUAGUAGACUGUAUAUAGCGGUGUUCGGUAGUAUACGUUAAGUGGUCGAUCGUCUGCUUAAGAAAAAACCCGCAAACAGAGUUCAACAUCGAGACAUCGUCCUUUCUUUGGUAUUAUCCCUGAAUCUGUAUCAUCGUAUCGAUGAUUCCUUGUUAGACUUCGAAUUUAAUAAUUUACGUCUUUCUCGUAAGUAUAUCAGUCUGGACAACAGGGUAUCAUUAGCAUCGUACGUUAACGCGUUAGAUUACCGGAGAAGCCAUCGUAGGGCCAUUGUUUUCGUUCUGUUCUUUUUUCUCACGCGUUUGAUUUUUUAACACUCCGGGGUUCUUUCUUAAUCAGGCCAUCGAGUUGUCGUUGAAUGUAUUAAGAUAAAAUAAUAAUACGAAGCUUACACCUCGCAGACAUACAGCCUCUGCCACUAAAUGUAUAUAAGGAAUAUUAUAUGUAUAAUGACAGGUAGCGAAUCGAUUUUUAAAUGAUCAUUUAGAUGGCAACUAUGUUAACGCAAGCCGCCCAGAAGCGAAGACCUACACACGCUACCUUUUCGAGUAGAGUUCAGCUGUCGCGUUAACUUUGAACUCUAUGGAAUAAUGUUAACGUACUCUUUUUCUUUAUUUUCUUCCGAUUAUUCUCUUUGGUUGUUGGUUAAAUCCUCGCGUUGCAUCAUUUUGUCCAAAACGAACGAAAGACUUCGUAUAUCUAUGUUCCACUCUCACCAGAUGUAUCCUGACAAUUAUACGAUCCCAUAACGAGAAGGGCUUUUAAAAUUAAAGUGUGUAGUCAUUUGUAACUGAUCGAUAUUUAAAUGUUAUAAGUACGUAUAUCGAGAAGAAUGAAAGAGAGGGAGCUUUGAAUAGUGCCUGCUUAAAAAAAAAAAAUGAAAAAAACAACAACCCAAUCUACUGUAUCUAUAAAUGGUUAGACACGGUAUGUACGUUGUUUCAUACAUGGUAAAUUCCAUAGAAGUACCGUAGCCAAGUAUGGGAAAAAGUGUUAACUAAUGAAAUAUGUUCGUUAUUUUGGUAAUUAUACAAAUUGUCAUGCACAACGAAACACGCUUAUGUCGAGUUCGUUUAGGCUAAUACCUCCAACAAGUACUAUUUCGAUAGUCAUAUCGAGAUUCGAACGGCGUAGAAAAUUUAUUCGGUAGAAAAUUCCUACUCGAAAUAUUCUAUUCCAGCAUUUCCUUUUCAUUUUUUUUUUUUUUAUUUUAAUAUCUUCCGUACGAUUCAAACGAAAUAAAAUAUCGACUUAUUUUUCGAUCAUGUUUCACUAAUCUCAUAUUUUCUUACUACAUCAGACCACUCUUACCCAUACUAUACUAUGAGUUUACGUUAUUCGAUAUUCUUAAAUGUACAUAAGAACCUAUGUGGUCGUAAUUGUAUGUAAAUACUGUUAAACGUUCUAUAACUCUACUGAAAUAUGAAUACAAAAAAAAUUGGUUAUUUAGUAUAAUUCCGA